AUGUCGAAAUUAUAUACACUUGAGAAGAAAACAACAGAUGCCGCUUUUCCAAGGGUCCCAGGCAGUACGAUACUAUCGAAUGACAGAUUGAAAAUUGUGUACAACAAGUACUUAACUGCUAGAGGUGCCAUCUCUAAAGAUAAGAUCAAAGUCAAUUUAAUAUUUGCACAUGGUACUGGAAUGAAUAAGUCUAUUUGGAAUUACCAUAUCAAGAAAUUGUUCGAACAUUCACAAUCAGCAUCAACAUGGGUAUUGAAUUCAGUUUUAUCAAUUGACGCAAUCGGACACGGUGAUUCCUCAUUGCUUAAUGAGGGUAAGAUCGGCUGGGUAUAUAAAUGGGAAGACGGAAGUAAAGACAUUAUACAAGUUAUUAAGCAUGAACAGCAAACCACAAAUGAAUUUGUAAAUAAUGCCAGCACUAAGAACAUUUUGAUUGGACAUUCUUUGGGUGGAUUUAUGGCGGUUGUAGCGGGUUUCUACGAACCAAGCAUGUUCGAUGCGGUUAUCCCAGUGGAGGGAGUUUUAUUCAUGGAUCCAAAGACUGAUGGACGUUUUCUCGGUAUUUUCUCCAAACUAUCUUCGAUUCUAAUUGACAGAUUUGAGAGUGAAGAAGAGUAUAAUGAUUAUUUCACCAAGUUUUCUAUUUACAAGGCAUUUCAUCCUGAAGUUUUGAAAGAUUUUAUGGAAGAUGAGAAAGCAACAUAUGUUGAUCCCGAAACUAAAGAGACUAAGUUCAUGACCAAAGCCUCAACAACAAAUCAAAUGACUACUUAUUAUUCUGCUAGGAUAUCAAUCCCUCUUGUUAUGGAGAUAUUUCCACUUUUGACAGUACCACUUGUCCAUGUGAUCGGUAGUAAGGCUACCUGGAACCCCCCACAGAGUAUUAAAUUUAUUCGUGAUGCUGUACCAAAAGAAUAUUUGUUGGAUGCAAUUGACAUACCUGAGGGUGAGCACUUAGUUAAUGGAAAUGAUCCGGAUGCAUUAGUUAAAAUUAUCGAAGAUACUAUUAAGAAGAGAGUUAAUACUGCUAUAGAAAUUAGACCAAACGAUCCAGAAGUUAAAUAUGGUGGUAAUAAGAGUGAAAUUUUGAAGAGUCAAUGGGAUUUAACAAUGUCUCUCAUAGACGAACAACUCAAAGCUUCAAAAGAAGCGGCAAAAAAGCAAAAAGCUUCUAAAUUAUAA